CCAGCGAGGACCACCAUGGGGGACCAGAGGCCGCAGGACCGGCCGAAGUCCCCGGGAAUGGACUCCACGCCCCGGUACCGUGACAAACCGCCUUCCAAGAGCUUCGCGGAACACAACCACAGGCGCAUGAAGUUGCCACCCAUAGACACCGAGAACUGGAUAUUUAUGAAGGAGGGCAUGGACGACUACCGCUACGACUCUCCAUCUCCCGAAGAUACGCUAAUUUGUCGCCGGGACGACUUCUCACUCCCCAAAAUCUCUAGCAGAAGUCCGCAUGCUGACCCACAAAGCAGGCAGAAAAAGCCGCUCAAGGAAGCGGCCCUAUUUUCCAAACUGUCGCCAGCCCAGCUAGCACGGAAGGCGUUCGUAGAGGAAGUGGAAGGCCAGCUGAUGGCUGAGCAUUCCUUGGCCAUGGACCCCAAUGUGGCAGAAGAUAUGCCUCCAGAUCUCCUACGACAGGUGCUGAAACCGCAGGAUCCUGAGAGGAAGCUGGAGGGUGCAUGGGCUGCUUGUGAGGACUGGGAGAAGUCAACCAAGGAACCCACCGAGCCUGGUAAAUACCCUUGUGGGGAAUCCUACCCAUGGCCUCCCGAGACUAGGGUGCCCCAUCUCUGCCCAGAGCCUCCCAAGACUCUGGUGUCUCAUCUCCACCCAGAGCCUCCCAAGAGCUGCCGGAUGUCCCAUCUCCGCCUGGAGCCUCCCAAGACUGGGUUGUCUCAUCUCUGCCUGGAGCCUCCCGAGACUCCAGUGUCUCAUCUCCACCCGGAACCUCCCGACACUCAUCGGGUGUCCAGUCUCCUACAACAGUUGCUAAAAUUGACGGAUACUGAGGAGAAGCUGGAGGACACAUCGGCUUUUUGUGAGGGCUGGGAGAAGACAAGUGAGGGACCCACCGAGUCUGCUAUAUACCCUUGUGGGAGAUUCUGCCCACGGCCUUUCGAGACGCCAAUGUCCUAUCUCCACCCGGAACCUCCCAAGACUCGUCCAGUGUCCGGUCUCCGCCCGGAGCCUCCCAAGACUCGUCGGGUUUCUAGCCUCCGCCCGGGGCAUCCCAAGACUCGUCGGGUGUCCAGUCUCCGCCCAGGGCAUCCCAAGACUCAUCGAGUGUCCACUCUCUUCCUGGAGCCUCCCAAUAUUGGAGUGUCUCAUCUCUGCCCAGAGCCUCCCAAAGCUCCAAUGUCCCAUCAAUUCUUGGAGCUUCCAAAGAUUCGAACAUCCUAUCUAAAAGAACAACUUCAGGAAGAUACACCAAGCACAACAGAGGGCGUUUCUGACUCUCCUCAACAGGAAUACACACCAAGAAAAUUCAGUGAGUUCUUCAAGUGGGCUCAAGACAUGGGAAUUGAGGAAGAACGCAUCAGGCGUCUGUAUGCCUGCAUCCAUGGGGACAGGGCAACCUAUGAAGACCAACAGAUUAAGAAGAUAAAGGAGUGUGCCACAGAGCUUGAGGACGACAUAGAGCUAGAUGAAAUGGAUGAGGACGAAUUAUUCUCGCAGGAAAAAGACCAGGACAAGAAAACGGAGACAACACCGAAUUUUUCACAGCCUGCAAAGAUGAGGCAUGGAGGACCAUGGUACCUCAAGCCUAAGUUGUGUGAAAAGCUAACAAGUGAUGAAACUUCGAUUGACCCCAAGCCCCUACUUAAAAAGCCUGAUGAACCUGAUAUUCUCGACAAUCUUUAUGGACCAAUUGCCUUUAAGGAUUUCAUUCUAAGCAAGGGCUACGAAAUGCCUGGCAUCAUUGAAAGGCUGUUUACCAGGAAGGGAUGGACUUACGACUCUGUUAAGACUCCGAUGCAACGUGCAAUGGAACUUUACAAAUAUAAAGAAGACGACACAGAUGCAUUGGAAGAAGAUUAG